CAGCGUCCGUUGUGCAGUGCGGUACAGUUGAAGCAAAAAAAACGCAAAAACAACCUUCUCCAAACCGUUUGCCGGUUCCUACUAAGUGCAGUUGUUGUUCAGUGCAGUUUCAGUACAGUUUUACGCAACAAAAUGGCCUUCAAGUUUGUGGUAUUUGCAUCGCUGGUUGCCUUCGCCGCCGCCUUCCCCGGUGGAUACGGCGACUACUACGGCUCGGAGCAUCAGCUCGACGCCGGCCACCACGAGUACGGCCAGGUGGCGCGCAUCUCGCUCGGUGACGGCCAUGGACAUCACGAAUACCACGAGGAUGAGCACGUUGACUACUACGCCCCGCCCAAGUACGCCUUCAAGUACGGAGUCAACGACUUCCACACCGGGGACGUGAAGUCGCAGCACGAGACGCGCGACGGUGAUGUCGUCAAGGGUCAGUACUCGCUGGUCGAGCCGGACGGUUCCGUGCGCACCGUCGACUACACUGCCGACAAGCACUCGGGCUUCAACGCGGUCGUCCACAAGACGGCUCCGGUCAGCCACCACCAGGGUGGACACUACUAGAAGGCCACACCAAUCUACAGACACCCUUGCCAUUUGGACAAGGGACAUUGCAAACUGCCUUGAAGGCCCGCCCAGCGCAGGGCUUCUAGUAUCUAGUGACCUAGGACAAAUGUGUAGCCCAGUAGUUUUCUCACGUUCUCACUUCCGUCUCGCUACAACUACGCUUCGCGCAACGACAACGACCACGAGCACCACGUUGGAUGCAAAUGGGAGGAACAGCCAAACCAACCAAAACACACCUGACGCUCGUCUGCGGGAGAGAGCAGCUGCCGUCUUUCCAACACUCCAUCGAAUCAACUGUGAUAUUAACAAAUUCUGCCACGGUAGCUGGACGAGCGUUCGCUGCUUGAUCUAACCUACCAGCCACCUCCCACCCCCGAGCGAGAGGAAGAAGCAAACAUUGAGAUGAAAAUUCAAAACCCCCUUACAAUCGAUGGUGCGGAAAAGACGAACGUGCGCGCGCGCGCGCCAGCGUGUUUGCGAACUCCCUGCGAAAGUCACGUGCCACGAUUGUGACGCAACCGCUCAAGAACCGGUCCGCGGCGAAGAGCGAAGGUUUGUCUUCCUGGAAAUUACGCAAAAACCAACCCUGCGUACGGUCGGCACUUGAUCGGCGGAAAAAUCCCUUCGCAGCAAAACGGUUUUCCCUGUUUCCUGCGGGGAUCGCGAUUGGCACGUGCACUAGGCGAUUGCUCUUGCUCUUGCGUACGACGUGGUUCAAUCCAUGUGUCGUUGUAUCGUUUGUUUCACACUUACACUGUAUCACUACAGCAUCUGCGGCCUCUGGCCACCCCUCUCUACCCUUCUGCUCGUGAGACUCAUGUUGACUUGUAUUUAUGUAAUUAUUAUGUUUGUUUUGUUAUCCGUUAUCAAAGCGAAUAAAGAGGAAGUCAAAAUGUA